AAUCCUCCUGCUCGGCUUGUGACCAUGGGAAAGAGAGUGGCUGUUGUGCUGGCUGGCUGUGGGGUGUACGACGGGAGCGAGAUCCAUGAGUCUUCUGCCGUGCUGGUGCAUCUCAGCAGGGAGGGGGCACAGGCAGAGGUUUAUGCUCCUGAUGUCGACCAGAUGCAUGUGGUGGACCACGUGAAAGGACAGCCAACUCAGGAGAAGCGCAACGUGCUAGUUGAAAGUGCCAGAAUAGCCAGAGGCAACAUCAAGGAUCUAGCCAAGCUGGAUGUCAAGGGGCUGGACGCCCUCAUCAUACCAGGUGGCUUUGGAGUGGCUAAAAACCUGAGCACUUGGGCCACCCAAGGCAAGAACUGCGUCAUCUCCAAAGAGGUGGAGGACGUCCUGAAGGCAUUCCACGCUGCCAAAAAGCCCAUCGGCCUGUGCUGCAUUUCCCCAGUGCUGGCAGCCAAAAUCUUCCCGGGUUGCGAGCUGACCGUGGGUCACGACACAGAGUGUGAGAAAUGGCCUUACGCAAAGACUGCUGAGACCAUGAAGGAGCUUGGCUGCAAGCACGUGAACAAACAUGUCACCGAAAUCCACGUGGAUGCGAAGAACAAGCUGGUGACCACCAGCGCCUUCAUGUGCAACGCCCCCAUUCACGAGAUCUAUGAUGGCAUCGGAAAAAUGGUCAGAGAAGUGGUCAGGCUUGCCUGAAUGCCUCAGAGCCACAGAAUCUGUCUCCUCUGGAGCGCAGGCACUGAGCCUCGGAUGACCUCCUUCCCCUUUUACACCCCCACGCCAACCGGGUCACUGCUACGCAGCCGGAGUCCUUCCCCCCCACGGGCCCACCGGCGGCUGCUGGGGAGGGAGAACUCCGGAGCAACGGGAGCGUUGUCGUGUCCUGCCGAGGACACGCCACUUACUGACCGUAAACUGGCAGUAACUGGAGCAUGGGCACGCAUUGGGCUGGCAUGCAAAAGCCAGGUCUCCACGGGGCUCAAGUACAGCCACUCUCUUUGGUCCUGCGGGGCUGAGGGGUUGCCUGGGCCGUGUCAGCCGUGACUGGUCCCUCGCUGCCAGUACUUCAAACUCCCCGUUGCACCCCACAGAAUGGAGGAAUUGGUGGCGAAAGGAAUAAAGCUGAAUAAAACCUGAAUAAAACCUGACACU